AGUCUUAACCCCGACCCCAACAAAAAUAACCACAGAAGCAAGAGUAAUGCCUCUGCAGAAGAUAUGGCUUGUAUCAAGUAGCCUAAUGUUCAUUUAAAUAUGAUAAGACUUAAAGUAUGUUAUAAGGUGUAGGGCCUAUAUUAUAUAGUUGCUGCACAUGUCACUGUGUUGGAAGAUGUGCUUAAACAAACAUGGAAUAAUGUCUGUUCUCUCUGCCUACCUAACCUAGUGAUCCCUUGGAUUCCAAGGCAGUCAGACCCACAAGUAAUUUAUCCCUAACCCUAAAUUGCCCUUGAACAAGAAGCUAAUCAUUGAUGAAAAGAAAUACUACCUGUUUGGGCGGAACCCAGACUUGUGUGACUUCACGAUAGACCACCAGUCGUGUUCUCGUAUCCACUCAGCCCUGGUCUACCACAGACACCUCAAGAGGGUUUUCCUGAUCGACCUCAACAGCACGCAUGGUACAUUCCUGGGUCGUAUCCGUCUGGAGCCCCACAAGCCCCAGCAGGUGCCCAUCGACUCCACCAUGUCGUUCGGGGCAUCCACGCGGGUCUACACCCUGAGAGAGAAGCCCCAGACCCAGACCAACACCAUACCUGGAGGGGAGGUGAAGGCAGGGGAGGACGAGGAGCUCAAAGGACUGCUGGGUCUACCUGAGGAGGAGACUGAGCUGGAGAACCUGACAGAGUUCAACACGGCCCACAACAAGCGUAUCUCCACCCUGACCAUUGAGGAUGGCAACCUGGACAUUGUGAGGCCCAAGAGGAAGAGGAGGAGUAGCAGGGUCUCCUUCAGUGAGGAGGAGGAGGUCAUCAACCCAGAGGACGUCGACCCAUCAGUAGGGCGCUUCAGGAACAUGGUACAGACUGCUGUUGUCCCGAUCAAGAAGAGGAAGAUGGAGGGUCACGCUACACUAGGUCUGGAGGACUCUGUGGCCAGACGCAUGCAGAACUUCCCCUUCAGUGGAGGGCUCUAUGGAGACCUCCCACCCACCAUUGGAGAGUCCGGCUCCCUCCCCGCCACGGCCCAGGGUGGAGCUACUAUCCUGGGGGGCCUYCCGCUAGUCUUCCCUAACCCUGCUCCAGAGGUGGACCUCUCCCCAACCUCAGCCUCAGCACAGCCCUUCGUCACUCCCAUCCCUGCUGUUAACCUCGCCCUCGCCCCAGGACCCUACACCGCCGAGGCUCUCAACGAACCACGCAAGAAGAAAUACGCCAAGGAGGCGUGGCCAGGGAAGAAGCCCACCCCUUCUCUUCUAAUAUAAGUCAUAUUCAAAAUGGCAACCUAUUUCCCUUAGUGCACUACUGGCCAAAGGUAAUGCACUAUAUAGGGAAUAGGGUACCAUUUCAAAUUUGCACAUAGCACCUCCCUGGACAAUAUAAUGGGAGGGGUUAGUAUUAGUUAGGAGAGUGGUCACGUCUCUGGACAACCAAUCAAUCAAGACUUCCUGUACUGUACAAGCUGUGACAUAGGGAUCCCUGAUAUAGGGAGAUGUUUGUAAGAAUAAUAUAUUAUUUUGGGUUMGAUGUUUUUUUUUGUCUGCUUCAUACGUAUAUUGUUUAAUUUUUAUUGCUCAACUCACUUAAACUGACAAAGUAAUGUCUGACUGACCUCAGAUUAGCGUAUCGUAAGACUAACUGUAACACAGAUUGGUCCAUUUGAACCAUUGUUUUACAGCUUUAUUUAUUAAUUAUUUUAAACAAAAUGAAACAUUGCUCUGUUACAGAAAAAUGUCUUAUAAACUCGCUAUUCACUCUCUGACUGUUUGAUUCACAGUAUGAUUUUGCCUUUGUGGAUAUUUUUAGUGCCGUUGGUUUCACUGAAAACCAUGUUUGUCAAUACAGAGGGUAACAUUAACCAGACAAGGCCUGCUAGAUGUUUUAAUAAUCCACUCAGACAAGGCUAUGAACUGAGGGUACAGAUUGGCUUUAAUGAAACUAUGAAGAAACAGAGCAGUUUUGUGUGUGAGACAGUUGUAUUAUAAUUUUUUGCUAUUUUUAUAUGAGAAUUGGGGGGUUGGUUGAAAUGGAGCCUAUUGUCAGAUAUGUAUGAAAUUCAGUUAAGAAAAGAGAAAUAAAGUUUAAACAAAGUGA